CUUAAUAGGGGCUAAGCAGAUCUUAUCGUCAAAGCCAUUGAUUCCUUUAAAUCAAUCAAAUGCUUCAAUCUUCCGGACACACACACGCUCUCUGCUUGGAUCUGUUUCUUUCUCUCUCAAAGAAAUGGCUCUGAGGUCUCUGGAUAAUGCUCUCCCGACAACACCGGAAAGGCCCAAAAAGCAAGUGAAAGUUGCAGUUUCAAUUCAGAAACAGUCUGAUUUUGGUGUGAAUGAUGAGAACAAAGCUCCAUUGCCACCAACUGCAGAUGCCACCAUUGACUACAUCUCUUCUGAGAAUCUUAAAGCCAUGCCUGACCCAGAAACCCAGAUAACUGGUUUGACUGAGGGAUUGGAUUCCAAGGAUUGGGCCAAGGUGUGUGAAUCUCUGAACGACGCUAGGCGGUUUGCGCUGUAUCAUUCCGCUCUGAUGGCACCGAUCUUAGAAAAAGUGAUGUUGGUGCUGGUGAAGGCCAUGAAGAACCUUAGAAGUGCUCUGUCCAAGACCUCUAUCAUGGCUUCAACUGAUAUCUUCAAUACUUUUGGUGAUGAGUUGCUUCAGCCCCGCCCCGCCCCAACAACACAUACCCGGGUCGGGACGGGCCAGGGCUGGGAUUUAAUUUUAACUCUAUAA